AUGCCCGUGUCGAUUGGCGACGAGUAUUACUCGUACUCGCUGCAGCCCUUUCCCGUGGCGUCGGCUGCAGUUGCCCCUCCUGCCUUAUCGUCCCCGGCGCCUGCGCCUGUGGAGAUGUCUCCUCUUCCCGCACCGUCAUCCGUGACUCAGGCUGGCCUCGUCCUCGCGCCUGCUGCGCCGCCUGCUCCCGCCGUGGCGUCAUUGUCGGCGCCUGGUGUGGCGCCUUGUCCUGCGCCGGGCUGGUCACCUGUUCCCGCGCUCGCCCCGACGUCUGAUCCUGCCCUUGGCCCUGGGCCUGUUGCGGCGUCUGAUCGUGUGCAUUCUCCUGCGCCUGCGCCGGUGGUUCCACUUGCCCCCGUGGGGGCGUCGGCGCCCGUGCUUGGGGCUGCGGCGGCGUCUGCUGCUGUUGGAGGCGCCGACUCGCCGCCACUGGUCGCGCCUGCCGUGGCGCCUUCUGCUGCUGCUGGUGCGGACCCGACGUACCAGCCACCUCCAGCCACCAGCGCCGGCCUGAGCUCGGCGCGGGUCCUGCUCCCGCACCCCUUGCUCCUGGUCCUCCUGCCCAACGUCCUGCAUCCCCGGGCCGUCGGCAGCAUCGGCCCCAAUCCCCUGCACCGCGUGACGAGCGAGAGACGUCACGGCGGCGUCAUGAUUCACCUCGCCGCCGUGGUUCCCAGGCGAACCGGGCUGCACCACGUGGCGGCCGAGGGGGCUGGUGGGGAGGGCGUGGUCACGGUGGCGGAUGGGUGUACGAUCAGCCGGUGA